AUUUACUGUUAUCCGCGUGAGAAAAACGGCAAUUAAGACGCGAAUAUAUUCCUGAAAAGGGUUAUACGAGGAAAUUCAAGAAAAAUUAGUCAGAGUGAGAAAGGGGCAAAAAUUAACGAAGAAGAAAGAGAUGGGUGUGACAAAGGAACAAGUCGAGUCUUCUUUGAACUCCAAACUUAACCCUUCCCAUCUUGAAGUAACCGAUAUAUCUGGAGGGUGCGGUUCAAGUUUUGCAGUCGAGAUUGUUUCAGAACAAUUUGAAGGCAAAAGGCUACUAGAAAGGCAUAGAAUGGUGAAUGCUGCCUUAGAGGAGGAAAUGAAAGAGAUUCAUGCACUCUCUGUAAAGAAAGCUGUAACCCCAGAACAGUGGAAAAAACAGCAAGAGUCCAACCAAUCAAAUCCUGCUGCCUAGAGCAUAUAAUAAUAGAUUUAUUAUUAUAAAUAAAAAAUCCUUACAAUAUGUUUCUGGCAAUAUUUGUGGAUCAUAGUUCUAUGUAUCAUUUUUGCCACUCAAAUUUUAUAUUGUACUACUGCUAAAUUUUGGUUGACAAAAUUUCUGACUUUCAGUGAGGUGAUUUUAUGAUGACAGUUCUGUUCUAUA